UUGGGAGCCUUCCAUAGACUGGUGAGAUGUACUGUCGGGAACGGUGGCUGCAAGCCGCGAGGGGCUGGUUUUUCAUCUUCCUCCGCCGCGCCGGUCGUCACCCACCCAGCGCUGAAGACUCUCUACUGUGAGCGCGCCAAGCCCUACCUGCGACAUCUUUUCCCUCACCUCUCCCGACACGUAAGCCCGGGCGGCUGUGAAUUCUCCAGCCUCAACCGAUACAAGCCCCCACGCAAUCCAGAGAAUCCACUCUCCGACGGCAGAUCGACGAAAGAUGUCAAGCGGUGGAGACACGAUUUCUUAAGAAGACCUCCAGGACGAGUAAAUCGAGCUUGUAUAUCCCACUUUCUAAAGUACCUUCCUGGCAGCAGGAAGAUUAUUUUUUUGACGAGAUCGGCCCCCCCCGGUCACUCCCAGCGGAGCGCUAGUGCCAAAUCUCUACUGUCCUUCACGCAGACGAGUUUCGGCCUCCGAGACUCUGAGUUCCAAAUCCUCUAG